AUGACAUGCUUCUCCAGUGGGCCAUUGGGUAAAUACGAGCUUUCAAGACUGCAAAAACGACGACGGAUCAUCGAUUUUGAACCAGAGGUGAGCGCAGAAGCAUUUUGGUCGAAGGAAUUUCAGACUCAAGCCAAUGCCAUCCGCAAUGAAGCUGUAUUUGACGCAUUUAUUACUCCAUUUAUCAGCGACGUACUACACAGCUGCGGUAUGGUAUUUGUUAACAGUGAGAGAUAUCAAUGGUUGUUUCAAUUUCCACUUGUGACUAAGAAGACAGACUUCAAACCGGGUGGAUUUGCGACCCACCGUGGAAUGCUUCGUGCCAAGCCAACACCGAGCGAUGGAGUGCAGCUGGUGCGAUAUCUGCGAUGCCCUGGCUUUGAGGCGGGAAGCGCUGUUCUGGCUGAUCGGAGCUCCUUUUGGUUGAUCACGAGCCGCCACCGUGAUCCUGCUGAGGUUAAGAAAGCAAAGUGGGUUGACAAGGGCUCAAAAGUAUUGUUUCAGAAUUUCAUUUCCGACAACAUGUCCCCAUGGGUGGCCCACUUAAAUAAAGCCUGCAUUUCAUUCGGCGUUGAUGAUGUGGUGGAGGGCGAUGCAUAUCUCGGCUGCGGCGCGUAUGGACGUGUAUUUAAGGUAACUAGGCAAGAUGGAGAAGUUUGUGCUUUAAAAAUUGUAGAGAGCAUUGAACGCCAUUUUAGGGAGGAAAUGACUUGGACAAAAGCGCAGCAUACAGGCUCAAUGAUUCGUUUAGUGAGAACGCAGCUCCACAAGAUUGGCCUGAUCCAUGGCGAUCCUCGCGUGCCAAAUGUGAUCAUCUUUGAGAAGAAGCGUCUUUGGAUUAAUCUUGUGGAAGUGAGGGAAAAAGCAACCCCCGUGUUGAAAGAAGUUAAUGCUGAAAUUUUCACACGGUCCAUUCUUCGUGUCCCUCGAUUCAAUUUGCUGGACCCGACGCUGGAGCAGCUGAUUGACAACUAUGGCAAUAACGCUACGCACGAAAACAUCAAUCAUUUGGCCAAACAAGUCUAUCAAAACUUAGCAGCUGACUUUUACAAGCCGUGA